AUGUCUUCUGGCCAGAAAAUGGAUAACAGCCAAGACAGCCAGGCAGGAUCGCAGGGGGCCACUGUAUUAUCAAAGGCCCAGUCAGCAGAUACAAGUAGCGUAGACAGACCUGUGUCCAAUAAGAAAACAAAGAGGCCUUCAACACCAAUAGAAAACAGACCAUCUUCCAGACCAAGCUCCAGGACUAGCCAGGGUAAAACCUCCAGGCCCAGUUCUAGCAAGUCCCAGAAGGAGCCAAGCUGUUCCAGGCCCAGUUCAGCUUCAGCUAAAGUACCAAGCAGUUCCAGACCCAGUUCAGCUUCAGUUAAAGAACCAAGCAGUUCCAGGCCCAGUUCAGCUUCAACUAAAGAACCAAGCAUUUCCAGACCCAGUGUAGCAUCUGCUAAACAGCUGAGCAGACCUAGCUCUUCCAAUUCCACCAAAAAAUCCAGUAGUCCAGAAGAAGAAAUUGUUUCAGAGGUAGUCCCUCCUGUAGGGCCAGCUGGAUCCCGACCAAGCUCAGGCAAUCAAGCACAAAACCCAAUUGUUUCCGAUUCCUCAAGACCCAGCAGCGCCAAGGAGAAGAAGACUUCAAGACCAAAUUCUGUUAUUGCAACUUACUCUACACCCAGUUCUGGGGUGAUAUUUAUCAAAGGAGAAGAGCACACUGAUGAAACAAUGAGUGCUGAGCAGGAGGAGGUUGCCCCUGUAGAAAGUCAUCCAGGAGAAGAACAGAAGCAGGAAAGUGAUGUAUUAGCAGACAAACCAACUGAAGACAAACCAGCUGAAGCUAGCGAUGCAGAGAAGCAAGGGAAUGAUGAGCACCAUCAUUCUCAUAAUGAGGCCAAAGUUCAGAAACCGGAGGAGCAGAAACCAAGUGAGGUCACACCCACAGAGAGUGGGGAAGUAAAAGAUGAAGAGAAACCAGUGGAAGAGAAUAACACACAAGAGGUAGAUGAAUCUGCAGAGGAAAAAACAAAUCAAGAAGGUAAGUCUGCAGAGGCUACCCCAGCAGAAACAGAAGAAAGCAACCCAGCAGAGAAGCCAACAGCCAAUGAAAGCAAGCCAGCAGAGACAGAAGAAAGCAAGCCACCAGAGACAGAAGAAAGCAAGCCAGCUGAGGCAGAAGGCAAACCAACUACAGAUGAAAGCAAGUCAGCAGAGACAGAAGAAAGCAAGCCAACAGAGAUAGAAGAAAGCAAGCCAGCUGAGGCAGAAGAAAGUCAGCCAGCAGGAAGCGAAGAAGUCAGAUCUUCAGAUGAAAAGACAGAAGUAACAGAGGAAGUAAAAACUGAAGAAAAAACAGCAGAGAAUGAGGAAAUUAAACCUGUAGAACUAUCAGCAGAGCCAGAGACCAAAGCAGAGGAAAAGUUAACAGACUCAGAAGACACUAAACCUGUCGAGGAAAUGCCUGCAGGCUCUGAGGGAGCAAAACCUGACACAGAGAAGUCAAAAGAUACUGAGGAGGCUAAGGUUGCUGAUGCUGUACCCGAGGAAGGUCAGCCCACAGAGGUGGUGGAGUCUAAACCAAUGGAAGAAAAGGCAGCAGAUUCAGAAGAAACCAGACCAGCAGAAACAGCAGGUGCUCAAGCUACAUCAGAAGGUUCUAAGCCACCUAAACCUGCAGACAGUGAAACACCCAAAACAGAAGAUGUGAAGCAAACAGAAAGUGAGGAAAAUAAGGCUGAGGAAGUCAAGCCUGUUGAGGAGAAGCCAGUUGAAGGUGGUGAGGAGAGCAAAGAGACAGAGGUCAGUCAGGGUUCUAUGCAAACAGAACUCACACAGGCAGAAGAGAAGCCACCAGAGGAGGCUGAUAAUUCAAAACCAGCCACAGUCACAGAAGAAAAGGCAGUGGAAAGUGCUGAAGAUACCAAGCCAUCAGAGGGACCUUGUAAAGAGGACAAACCAGCAGAGACAUCUGAAUCUGUGGAGGCUCCCAGGGAGGACAUCAAAUCCACAGAAGUAACUGCCACAGAAAGUGAAGAUAGUAAGACAGACAAGGCAGAAGAGGAAUCCUCUGAUAAACCAGCAGAGGAGAAUAAGACUCCAGGAGACAGUGUAGAUGGGGCUGCUUUCGGAGUUCAGGUCCAAGCUGAAACUAACCCAGACCAACAAGUAGAGGCAGAGAAUCAGAACCGUGAACGGUCUGAAGAGACAGCCACAGUACUAUCUGCACAAACAACAGAAAACAAUGUUACAUCUGAGAAAGAGGAAGACAGUAAAUCAACAGAGGACAUGAAGGAAAAAGAAAAGAAAGAAGAGCCCACAGUGGAGGAGCUAGCACAGUCCACCCUGAGUGAACAGGAGGCAGAGAAGAUUGCAUUCCAGAAAUUAAUAGAAGAAAAUACCAAGUACAAGAAUGCUAUUGAACACCUUCACAAACAGAAGGAUGAAGAGGUUGAAGAACUUAAAAAUAAGCAGGAUGGCCUCCUGAGAGACUUGGACCAAGAAAGAGAGAAGAACAGACGCAUCAAUGACCAGUUGAAGGAGAUGGAAGUGCAGUUAAAACAUCUUCAGGAGAAGCGUCCUGGCAGCAGCCUUUCUCUGACCAGUACUGAGCGCAGAGAGGGACUGGAGUACAAGGCUGUGCUGAAAUAUCAGGCUGAGGAGAGCAGGAGAGAGAAAGAAGGCUCAGAACAGAAGAUUAAAGAUCUCCAGUUACGUGUCAAGAGACUUACAGCUGAUGGUGAAGGGAAAGAUCUGAGAAUAAAGACAUUAGAAAAAGAGCUCAAAGAUGUCACAGAUAUGAUUGCAGAAGUGGAAGAGUUUGUGGACAAGGAGAAGAUGGCUUCUCUCAAAACCAAGUCUCACGUUUCCAAUGGCUCAUAUAGAAGGGAGGAUCAGGCAAAUGUGGUUGGUGGCGCUGGUCAGAAGUCCAAAACUUGCACUAUUUUGUGAUCUAUGUUCAGGCAGUGAGCAUUAUGAUGUGUGCUGAUACUUGACUACAGUUCUCUUUAUGAAAAAUUGACCAUAAGGUGAUUAUGCAAAAUAAGACAAAACUUUUAUACAGACUAGAUACUAAUCAGGGAGUUAUAUAUAACAAUCAAGACUUUUUUGGUGUCUUGAUUUUCUUUAGAGAUGGUGUUGUUCAUAAAUUUGUACUUUUACCUUUUAAUUAAUGUAGCCACUUUCUACUGUACUAGAACAUUUUUAUUUGAUGAAAUACCAGAACCAACUUUUACCCAAUGUAGGGUUUAAUUUCAUCACGAUUUUGGCAUCCACAGAUCUAGAGUAAAUAAUUGUUUUACAGUAUCAAUAUUUACUUCUUAACUUCUUCAAGUCAAGCACCUUAAUGAGAGAUAGAAAGACCUUAAAGAGCAGUAAAUUAUUGUGUUUUAAGAAUAUAUUAUAUUCACAAGAAUACUACUUAAAUUAGGUUAUACAGUUAAAGUAACAACUUUAAUUGUAACUAAAAUAUGAUACGAAUGUUUAAGAUUAUUUAAAAGUUAAAUCUGUAACAUAUUCAAUCAAUUCCACCUGUUUAAGUAGUGUGGGGACAGUCAAUCAGAUUUGCUCAAAUUAUUUUCAUAAAAUUUAUACUGUGAUAUUAUAUAAGACAAAAAAUAACUAUUUACAUACAGAAUGGUCUGUUUUAGAUUGUAUCACACUUUGAGUUUACUAAGUGCAUCUUUCUUUUUGAACAAAUGAACUUAGCAUAUAUUUCCACAAGUUUGAAAUGCUGUAACUUUUGUUGGUAUUUUCAGUGUCACUGCAGUUAAAGAUUGUUUUGGUUGGUGCUUGCUUUGGUGCAGUGAGAAAAAUAUGGCACUAUUUUCAGCACUAGUGGUUUGACUAUACUAAGGUUAAAAGUACAUGAAAAUUUUUCAAAAUUUGAUAAGUACUGGUAUAUUUGAUUGUCAAACUCAAACCCUACAAGGGCUACAAAACAUGCAGCAAAAAAAAAAAAAAAAAAAA